AUGGAGUCCAAUGCAAUAUUGAGACCACCAAUAUUCGGGCACAAGUUGCAUUUUUACCAAGUUAUCUUUCCAUGGGAAGGCACAAUACCUAACGAGAUUGGUCAUCUUCAUAACUUGUUGUGUUUAGCCAUGGAAAGCAAUAAUCUAACAGGCUCAAUCCCAAUUACCAUAUCCAACAUUUCAUCACUUGCGAAUUUAUAUAUGAGUGAUAACAAGCUUCAAGGACCUUUACCAAAAGAGGUUGGAAAUUUAACUAUGCUUAUCUGGCUUAAUCUUCGAAAUAACAACUUGGCAGGUAUAAUUCCAGAUGAAAUCGGUAACCUUCAGGAGUUGUUGCACCUUCAAUUGGAUCAGAAUAACUUUAGCGGUUCGAUCCCUAUUGGUAUCUUUAAUAUGUCAGGGCUUGUAUCACUUUCACUUUCACAAAACCACAUUUCAGGUAGUCUUUCUUCCAUUAUAGAGCAUUUGCCACCCUAUCUUGAACAAAUUCAUCUACUUGACAAUAACAUUGAUGGUGUUUUACCAAGUUCCAUCUCAAACUUGUCAAUGCUUACCAUACUCGCCCUUGGUGGAAAUGAACUUAGGGGUUCAAUUCCCGAAUCUCUAGGAAAGUUAGAAUUUCUAGAAGUUCUCAACUUGUAUGGCAACUCCUUCACAAGUGAUUUGAGCUUUAUCACUCCUAUGGCCAAUUGGAAAAACUUAAGAGAAUUGAUAUUGUCUUUCAAUCCCCUAAAUGCAAUGCUUCCUAAAUCCAUCGGCAAUAUUUCUUCUCUUCAAAUAUUUUCAGCAGAAGGUUGUAACCUCAUGGGUCAUGUUCCAACUGAAAUUGGAAAUCUCAUAAAAUUAUCUUAUUUGAAGCUGGAAGACAAUAACUUGACUGGCAUUAUCCCGACGACAAUAAGCUCGUUGAAAAACCUUCAACAGUUUUUACUUGGUGCAAACAGAAUUAGUGGUCCUUUCCCAAAUGGAUUGUGUGAGCUAUCCCAAUUGGGUUUGUUAAACCUUUCACAAAAUCAUCUGUGGGGAAGUAUUCCUAGUUGCUUGGGGGAUGUGACUUCCCUAAGAGAGGUUUAUCUUGAUUCCAAUAACUUCACUGCUAGCGUACCUUCAAGUAUAGGGAACCUUAAAGACAUCUUGAAGCUGAAUUUGUCUACAAAUUUCUUCAAUGGUUCUCUACCACUAGAAGUUGGAAACCUCAAAGCUGUAAUACUUCUGGAUCUUUCGUGGAACCAAAUCUCAGGCAGCAUUCCAAUUACAUUGGGAGGUCUACAUAAAUUGAUUCAACUAUCUUUGGCUCACAACAGAAUUGAAGGAUCUAUUCCUCAGACAUUCCGGGAACUCAUAAAUUUGGAAGCAUUGGAUCUUUCCUAUAACAAUAUGUCCGGUGUGAUUUCAAAGUCAUUAGAGGCACUUAAGCAACUACAUUCCUUUAAUGUCUCAUUCAACAGGUUACACGGGGAAAUUCCAAAUGGAGGUCCUUUUGUUAAUCUGUCUUACCAGUCGUUCCUAUCGAAUGAAGGAUUGUGUGGUAACCCUCAAAAGCAUGUCCCAGCUUGUCGUUCUAAUUCAAAGAGCCGUUCUAUUUCAAAGAAAAGAAGGUUGAUAUGGAUUGCCUUUUCAGUUAUCUCUGUAAUAGGGCUUAUUUCAGGAAUAGUUUUUGCAUUGAUGAGACGUCAGGGUAAAAUAGUCAAAGCUGAAGAUGCGUGGUCACCUGGGGUAGCACCACAAAGAAUUUCUUACUAUGAACUUCAAAGAGCAACUCAGAGUUUUGAUGGAAAUAACUUGCUAGGUAGUGGAAGUUUUGGUUCUGUUUACAAAGGAACAUUAGCUGAUGGGAUCGUAAUAGCUGUUAAAGUUUUCAACAUGCAGAUGGAAGGUACAUUUCUAACCUUUGAUAGAGAAUGUGAAAUCUUGCGCAAUCUACGUCAUAGAAAUCUCAUCAAAAUUAUUGGCAGCUGCUGUAACUUGGAUUUUAAAGCAUUGAUACUUGAGUACAUGCCAAAUAAGAGCUUAGACAAGUUUCUAUAUUCUCAAGAUUAUUGUUUAAAUAUAAUGCAAAGAUUGAAUAUCAUGGUUGAUGUUGCAUCUGCUCUAGAAUAUCUCCAUCAUGGUUACUCUGUACCGAUUAUUCACUGUGAUUUGAAGCCUAGCAAUGUGUUACUUGACAACGACAUGGUGGGGCACCUAACCGACUUUGGCAUUGCUAAACUUUUAACGAAGGAAGAAUCUAUUGCUCAUACUACAACUUUUGCCACAAUUGGUUACAUUGCUCCAGAGUAUGGUUUGGAAGGCCUUGUAUCCAGAAGGUCAGAUGUUUAUAGUUAUGGUAUCAUGCUGUUGGAAACUUUUACCAAAAAGAAACCUAAUGAUGAAAUGUUCACUGGAGAUACGAAUUUGAGAAGCUGUGUGCAUAAUUUACUUCCUAAUGAGUUGGAUCAAAUCAUAGAUGCUGACUUACUAACACUAGAUGAACAAAAUUUAAGUCAAAAGCUGCAAUGUAUUUCAUCCAUCAUGGAGUUAGCUGUGAAUUGCACAUCUAAUACUGCAGUUGAAAGGAUGAACAUGACUAAUGUUGUAGCUGCACUGGAAAAGAUCAAAGAGAAGCUUUCUUCCUGUUAUUAG